GGCAGGGAUGGCGCGCGCGCGCGCGCACGCGCGAAACGUGCGCACGGGGGGCGGCGCGGGUCGGAGGGAGCCGGUCCGCCGCGGGAACGUGAGCCCCGCUGCCUGUGUGGAGACAGGGCUCCGGACGGACGGUCGCGAUGAAUACGGUGCUGUCGCGCGCGAACUCCUUGUUCGCCUUCUCGCUGAGCGUGAUGGCGGCGCUCACCUUCGGCUGCUUCAUCACCACAGCCUUCAAAGACAGGAGCGUCCCGGUGCGGCUGCACGUCUCGCGGAUCAUGCUAAAAAAUGUGGAAGACUUCACUGGACCUAGAGAAAGAAGUGACCUGGGAUUCAUUACAUUUGAUAUAAGUGUGGAUCUAGAGAAUAUAUUUGAUUGGAAUGUUAAGCAGUUGUUUCUUUAUUUAUCAGCAGAAUAUUCAACAAAAAAUAAUGCCCUGAACCAAGUUGUCCUUUGGGACAAGAUUGUUCUGAGAGGUGAUAACCCAAGGCUGCUGUUGAAAGACAUGAAAACGAAGUACUUCUUCUUUGAUGAUGGAAAUGGUCUCAAGGGAAACAGGAAUGUCACUUUGACCCUAUCGUGGAAUGUUGUACCAAAUGCUGGAAUUCUACCUCUUGUGACAGGAUCUGGACAUGUAUCUGUCCCAUUUCCAGAUACAUAUGAAAUAACAAAGAGCUAUUAAAUUAUUCUGAACUUGAAACAACAUAUUUUUAUACUUAAUGAAUUAUAUUUCAUUUAUCUCUUCUUUUGCAUCUUUUUCUUCUCUCCUUUGUUUUUUUUUUUUUUGGUUAGGGGGAGUUGUUACCUUCUUUUUGAUGUACAAAUAUCAAAGACGUAUUUGAAGAAAAGGAUUAAACAGUUUUACAAACAAUGACAGUCACCAGAGCUGAGUAUUAGAGAAAUAAAUCAACCACAUAAAAAGGACUUGUAAAAAAAAAAAAAAAGAUGUAUUUCAAGUAUUCGCUGUAUUUCCAUUGUUCUCUAUGGAAUAUAAAGUGAGCAUGAAGGGUUGUUAAAAACUUUCAGGUGCCUAAAGAGUCAUAAGAACUCUGAAUUUUAUGCUUUGCAUUUAUGAAAGCUCAUGUUGGGUGUGACUUAGUUGUAGACAUUCUUUUAUAUCUUUAGGGUAUGAUAGCUUACAGGAAAAAUUAAUAACAGUUAUUUGUUAUAAGCCUGGUUUUACAAAAAGCCAGAAGAGAAUUUUAUUUCAUUUGUCUUAGGGAUACCCACAAACCUUGUUUUCUUAAAUGAUUAGCAGCUUUCUUCACUUAAAGAAUGAAUACCUCUUUAGAUCCUAUAAAUCAUUCACACUCGUUAAAAAUCUCGAGUCAACCAAAUGUGUGUCUUUCAGUGCUUUUUUUAAAAACCUUUCUUUACAUAUCUUUGUAUAAUUUUUAGCAUUGCCAUUGAAAGAUGAAAGUGCUUGCAUGGUUUCCUCCUAAUUUAAGUUUGUUCUUGUGAGCAUGCCAAGUGCCACUAAGUGGUAAUCAUUUACAGCUCCCUCUAGGUCACAUUUUAAUUAUUUUUGAAGUAAUAAUAUUUGUAUUGUGAUUUUCCAAUUACAAAGCCCUCUCAUGUAUUUGUUGUUAUGUUGUGCUCAGUGACUAGUGAGGUAUAUAGUGCCAUUUUUAGCUCUUUGCAGAUAAAAAGAAGCUAAAACCCAGUUUAUUGAGUUGAUCCAAAGUAAAUAACUGGCCAGGAAUGAAGUUAAAAUUUGAAUGAAAGUCUUCUAAUUCGCCAAGAUUAUUGCUCAUUUUAUUGAUUAACUAGUUCCCAUACAGUUUUCAUAAUGUUUUCUUAUUACCCAGACACCUUUCUAUCACUUCUGGAACUGGUUUCUUGCAUAUAUGGAAGUGACGAGUUUUGAAGGUACCACCAAUUCAGGUAGCAGUAGCAUUUCAUUCACUUCAUAAGUUAAUUUUACUUAUAUCAAAAUAAAAAAAAAUGUAAAACUAAUUUUGAGAGUAAUAUAUAAUAUAUUAUUGGCUAUGUGAUCAUAUUGCAUACAACUUCUUUAGUGGGCAGAUAAACAUCUCAAAAAUUGCAACUGCAGGUACCCUUAAAAGCAAGACCAAACACUAGUUUUACUAUCAGCAGCAAUCAAAAGGGCUAAAAUUUUAUAAGAACACAUUAAAUUGACCAAUAUUUGUUUUAUUUACCUCCUAUGAAAUAUAUCAUUGUUUAGUUACAUGCAUUUACAAGCUGUUGUAUGGUUCAUGUAAAAAUGUGUAUAUGAGUUUUUCAAACUGGCAAAAAGGGCAGAGAUAGAGUGCUUUGAAUAGACUGGGUUUGGCUCCCAGCUUUUUGAUUAAGCUUCAUGGUCUUGGUUUCUGUGUCUAAAAUGACAGAAUUGGUCAGGUUAUCUUAAGUGGUAUCCUUUCAAGCCACACAGUUUUGUAAGAGUCAUCUGUUCAGCCGAGAACCAGAACAAAACAGCACCUUAGUGAUAAUACAUAGUUUGUACUGAUCUGACUUUAUUUCUGUUACAUUUUACUUCAUUUACUUUGUACAAACACUGGAUGUGUAAAUCAUCUGUAAGUUUCAAAUCAUACAAAACUUGGGUAUGUUCUCAUUAGAGAAAACACAAGCUUGCAGUUUUAACAGAGCAGAGUUUGAGUUCAACAGUUUAUUAUAUUUUUAUGGUCAGUGGAUCUAUUAGUCUGGAGAUAAAUGUUGAUAUGUAAAUUACAGUUUGUUACUUGGCAAGGCCAUAUUUUUGGAGUUUGGUGAGAAGUAGGAAGACUGAGGAAGCACAGUGCGAAUAAAACUAUUUUUACUUAACUAAGGGAAACUGCUCAGGAUAAGUAUGCUCCAUCAUGAGAAUAAAGACACUGUGUCUCAGGAACUUGUUUUUGGUGUGUACAGUUUUAUUAGUCUACUAUAAUUAUACAUUUUGAAAAAUUGACCAUAUUCUUAAUUGUAAAGAAGUCUCAUUAAAUCUCUACAAAGAUACAAGGCUUCAGAUUACUAAGAAACUCAGCAUAACCAGAAAUGUCAGACAUGAUUCUGAAAAGAGAAUAAUUCUGUCUUAAUAGAUACAGAUAGAAAUGAGAUCAUUUUAAUAUGUAAUGCUGAUGUACCCUUCUCUAGUAGUUUAACCUAGGUAAGAGCUAAGAAGCAGUAUUUUUUGUCCCUGUAAUCGGUUAUAUUUUAAUUUCCUGCUUCUGAAAGGAAAACAAGUUUUCAGAAAUUCCCGAGGAUAAAAUAGAAAGAUCAUUAUCUUUUUCUGGAAUGAAUUUACUUUGGUAGGUUUAGACAGCCAGUUAACCUUAUAAAUGGACUACAUGAAUCUGGAGUUUUGAAUUUGGAGCUAUAGGUUAAUGGGGGUGCUUUUAAAAAAAUUCUUCAACAUGUGAUAGGCUUACGCUAUGGACUUCAAUUGCAAACAGACAUUUACCCCUUUGUGAAACUUUCCUUUAACAGUUUUUACAUUACAAGAGACUGCCAGAAGUUGAGACCGCUUUCAAAAGUUGCAUGUUUUUGAUGCAAUUUGGUAGAUUGUUUACUUCCAAAAUACAUACUCACAAGAAAAAAAUUCACAAGACUAUUGACUAGAUGGGGAUUUUCUUAAUUGUAAUAAACAGCAUUUUUCUAAUGAAAAUUUUUGUUUGCAAGUAAACUUUCAGAUUUAAGGUUUUUGUGUGAACCUGCUGAACUGAAAGUAAAAGGAAAUCAUGUCUAGUCAGGUGUGGUGGUGCACACCUAUAGUCGCAGCACUGGGGAGACUGAGGCGGGAAGAUCCUGUAAGAGGCUAGCCUGAGUGACACAGCUUAGUGCCAGCCUGAACUACAAAGUGAGACCUUGUUCCAAGCGUUAAAAAGAA